AUUACGCUUGUUACAUAGUUCACCGAACCGAGUUCUAUGACCCUGUGACCUUCGGUCAAGCUUUCUUCUCAGCAUCCCUCUAAAAACACCAACUCUCGUUCUGAAUAGGGUGAUUGCAGCGUUACCAAAUCGAUCAGUUAUACAAUCGACGCUGCUACUUCUCCUACCAUAUAAACGCACUUCCAUCAAACUUGACGUCUUUCUUCAUCCCAGAGAACUUCACCCAGAGCGAGCGGGCGCUGUCAGAGAAGAAAGAGGAAGAAGAGAAAGGAGCAGAGUCAUUGAUUAUUUUGAUCUUUGCGGAUGUUGGGUUUCUCGUGAGAACGGCAGCGGCAUAUAGGGAGGUUGGGUUUGAUCAUGGGUCCUUCUUCUUCUUAUUCUUCUUUCACGUGGGUUACCUUCGUCGUGGUUGGUGCUCUGCAGUUGAUUGCUCUCCGCGCUUCCGAUCAGUUCAAGAUAGAUGGUAGUGUUUUAGAACUCGAUGAAUCCAAUUUCGACUCCGCCAUCUCUUCUUUGGACUACGUCUUCGUCGAUUUCUACGCCCCGUGGUGUGGCCAUUGCAAACGGCUCUCCCCAGAGUUAGAUGCUGCUGCACCAAUAUUAGCAGGCUUGGAGAGACCAAUUGCAGUUGCUAAAGUAAAUGCUGACAAAUACAGAAAUCUUGCUUCAAAAUUUGAUGUCGAUGGGUUUCCAACUCUCAAGCUUUUUAUUCAUGGUGUGCCAAUGGAGUAUACUGGUCCACGCCAGUCAGAGUUGCUUGUGCGUAUCCUGAAGAAGUUUGUGGCACUGGAUAUUUCAAUUCUUCAAUCUGAUGAUGAUAUCAGCAAUUUUGUUGAAGCAGCUGGGACAUACUUCCCUAUAUUCGUUGGCUUUGGGCUCAAUGAAUCACUAAUAGAAGGAUUUUCCAUGAAAUACAAGAAAAAAGCCUGGUUUUCCAUUGCUAAGAAUUUCUCGGAGGAUGUUAUGGUAAAGUACGAUUUUGAUAAGGUCCCGGCUUUGGUUUCCCUUCAUCCUAAAUAUAAUGAGAUGGGAGUAUUCUAUGGGCCCUUUGAAGAUAAGUUCUUGGAGGAUUACAUCAAACAGAGUCUCCUCCCCCUCUGCCUAUCCUUGAAUUUUGACACCAUUAAGCUGCUAAAAGAUGAUGACAGGAAGAUAGUUUUGACCAUUAUGAAGGAUGACUCUGAAGAUAAUUCUAUUAAAUUAAUCAAGAUGUUGAGGGCUGCUGCAUCUGCAAAUCGUGAUCUUAUAUUUGCCUAUGUGGGGUGGGAGCAAUGGGAAGGUUUUGUUGAAGCAUUUGAUGUCAACAGGUGGACAAGCUUACCGAGAAUGGUUGUCUGGGAUGGCAAGGAAGAAUAUUAUUCCGUUGAGGGUUCUGAAAGUCUUGUUGAUGAGGAUCAUGGAUCUCAAAUAAGUCGUUUUCUUGAAGGAUAUAGGGAGGGAAGAAUUGUCAAGAAGACCUUCGCUGGCCCUUCAUUCAUUGGUUAUAUAAAUUCAUUAAUCAGCAUCAAUACCGUUUACUUAAUCAUCUUUAUCGUGGUUAUUGUGAUGCUGAUUCGAAGCAUAGGCGGAUUUGACAAGGAUGAAGCCCCUUCAAGCAGACAAGCUGGAUCAAGCAGCGAAGCCACGACUGGUUUGGUCAAGGAGACCAAACCUGACAAGGAGGACUAAGGAGCUUGUGUUGUAUCUCCUUUUUCUCAUGUUUGCUUUCUUCAAUUAGUUUUAUCUUGAGGGAUCUUAACUUUAAUUGAGUAGAUGCUUCAUUCCAGUUUUCCUUACUUUGUUCUUAAGGCAACUAGCUGACAUGAGGUCUACAGCUUGUAUGCAUUUCUCUAUGAUAUAAGACAUACUGAGGAUGUCAAAUCCUCAUUUUUA